GAACAGGAAGAGGAAGCGGGUAGCGGUGUUCCAACAGAAGCCAGUGGGGCAGAGGAGCCUGUCGGUCCCACAAUGGCGAGCACCACUGUACCCACUGAAGACAGGUCAUCCUGUGACAACACAGAGUUUGGCUGCUGUCCUGACGGCAAGACACCAUCCAGCACUCCAGAGGGCGCCAACUGCCCCUCCACCAUGAGGUUCAGCGGUUACCUGCACUUGGACCAGGUGGAGGGCCAAGAGAUUUUCUAUACCCCAGAGAUGGAGGACCCUAAGUCGGAGUUGUUUGGAGAGACAGCCCGCAGCAUAGAGAGCGCUCUCAAUGAGUUGUUCAGGAAGUCAGAGGUGCACAAAGACUUCAUGAGCGUUCGUGUCCGUAACCUGGCACCCAGCAACUCCAUCCUUGCCUUUGUGGAGGCUCACUUCAAACCAGAUACAAGAUACAGAGUGGAGGACAUCGAAGGAGCCCUGCUGAAACAGCUGAAGGCCUCCAAAGAGACCAGCAUCGCCGUGAAGAAGCCAGAGGACGAGAAUAUUCGCUUCACCAAUUAUGGCCUGUCCUCCAUCCCCUUCUUCACCACCACUACUACCACCCCAGCGUCUGUCACCACAGCUGCUCCCACCACCACCACCACCACCAGGCCUCCUCCGACCCCCUACAUCACUCGUCGCCCGCCAGGCACUACCCGCAGGCCCUUCAAUGGCAGGCGUACCACCACAACCGCAGCACCAGUUACCACACCACCACCCCCCACCACCACCAGCACCACCACCACAGCAGCUAUCACCACGACCGCACUGCCUCCAGCUACCACCAUCACCCAUGUCAGAGGCAAGCCUCAUCACAAAGUCCAGAAGCCAUGCGACUCCCACCCCUGCCUCCACGGGGGCACCUGCGAGGAUGACGGCAACGACUUCAGCUGCAAGUGUCCCGCCGGACGAGGAGGCUCCGUGUGUGAGAAGGUGAUCAAGUACUUCAUCCCGUCAUUUGGAGGCCAGUCCUACUUGGCUUUCCAAACCAUGAGCGCCUACCACACGGUCCGCAUCGCCAUGGAGUUCAGAGCAUCUGAGAUGACCGGCCUCCUGCUCUACAACGGCCAGGAUGGCAAGAAGGACUUCAUCUCUCUGGCUCUGGUCAACGGCAGGGUGGAACUCAGGUUCAACACAGGUUCUGGCACAGGAACAGUGCUGAGCAAGGUGCAGAUCAAUCAGGGCCGCUGGCACCAGCUGGUGGUGACUCGCAAUCGCCGAAAUGCCAUGCUCAGCGUGGACAAUGAGCCGCACGUCGAGGGUGAGAGUCCACGUGGCACAGAUGGCCUUAACCUCGACACUAACCUCUUCAUUGGAGGAGUUCCUGAGGACAUGAAGCAAGAUGUAAGGGAAAGGACAGCAGUGGCCACUGGUCUGGUUGGCUGCAUCCGCUUGCUGGAUGUCAACAACCGAGUGCUCAACUUACAGGAGAAUGGGGGUGACAGUCUGUAUGGCAGUGGCGUGGGUGAAUGUGGCAACAACCCUUGCCAGCCAAAUCCUUGUAAGAAUGGUGGCGCAUGCCAGGUCAAGGAAGCCGAGAUGUUCCACUGCAAGUGCAGCAAAGGAUUCUGGGGUCCAACUUGUGCUGAUGUCCAUGACCCAUGCGAGCCCAACAGGUGUCAUCCAUCCUCCCAGUGCCAGGCGCUACCUGAGGGAGGCUACAAAUGCGAGUGUCCCAUGGGACGUGAAGGGAGGCACUGUGAAAAAGUGGCUGAGAGGAGAGGGGCUUACAUGCCACUAUUCAAUGGAGACUCUUACCUGGAGCUGAAGGGGCUCCAUCUCUACGGGCACGAUCUGCGUCAAAAGGUCAGCAUGACUGUGGUUCUCAAGGCCAACGACUCCAACGGUUUGAUCUUCUACAACGGCCAAAAAUCGGACGGAAAAGGAGACUUCAUCUCUCUGUCCCUCAAUGAUGGCAUCCUGGAGUUCCGCUAUGACCUGGGCAAGGGACCCGCCACCAUCAGGAGCAAAGAACCAAUCCAGCUGAAUGUGUGGAACACCAUCAACCUGGAGCGCUACCGCAAAGGAGAGAUCAUGGUGAAUAAGAAGGACCCUGUCCGUGGAGAGGCACCGCGGUUCAACUUGCCGCUUCAGGCACAGUUGACUCAGCAAACUCUCCCCACUUUUCUGAGGUGUUCCACACCGCUUCACACCAUGCGGUUUCACCACCUUGAUUUGCUGAAAAUAUGCCACUAUCUCCCCGACAUCCAUCAAG